CCCUCGCCCUCGCCCUCGCCCUCGCCCUCACCCUCGCCCUCACCCUCGCCCUCGCCUCCCUCCGCGACCCCUGGCCUCCUCGAGCUCUAGCCGCCCCCGGCCCGGUGCCCGAGCUCCCGCAGAGGAGGUGCCGCCGCCCCCGCCGCUCCCCCCCCGCCCUCGGGCCGGGCCGGGUCGAGCUGCGAUGCCCUCGGACUUCAUCUCAUUGCUCAGCGCCGACCUAGACCUGGAAUCGCCCAAGUCCCUGUACUCGAGAGAUCCUCUCAAGUCAUACCCACCACAGACUUUUCCUAGAUCUGGACUGUUGGAAGAAUCUGUCUAUGAUCUUCUCCCAAAGGAGUUACAGUUACCUCCAUCUAGAGAAACAUCUGUAGCAUCCAUGAGUCAGACAAGUGGCGGUGAGGCAGGCUCGCCUCCUCCAGCUGUAGUUGCUGCUGAUGCUUCUUCAGCUCCUUCCUCUUCCUCCAUGGGCGGUGCUUGCAGCUCCUUUACCACCUCUUCCAGCCCUACCAUUUAUUCUACCUCAGUCACCGACAGCAAGGCUAUGCAAGUGGAGAGCUGCUCCUCAGCCGUGGGGGUAAGUAACCGAGGGGUAAGUGAAAAGCAGUUAACCGGUAACACAGUCCAGCAGCAUCCGCCAACACCGAAGCGGCACACAGUCCUGUACAUCUCGCCGCCACCUGAGGACUUGCUGGAUAACAGCCGGAUGUCCUGCCAGGAUGAGGGCUGUGGACUGGAAUCUGAGCAGAGCUGCAGUAUGUGGAUAGAGGAUUCUCCCUCCAACUUCAGUAACAUGAGCACCAGUUCCUACAAUGAUAACACGGAGGUACCACGAAAAUCACGAAAACGAAAUCCAAAGCAGAGGCCAGGGGUCAAACGGCGAGACUGUGAAGAAUCCAACAUGGAUAUAUUUGAUGCUGACAGUGCCAAAGCACCUCACUAUGUGCUUUCCCAGCUUACCACGGACAGCAAAGGCAACUCAAAAGCAGGAAAUGGAACAUUGGAAAAUCAGAAAGGAGCUGGAGCAAAGAAGAGUCCUAUGUUGUGUGGACAGUAUCCUGUUAAAAGUGAGGGAAAGGAACUGAAGAUAGUGGUUCAACCUGAGACCCAGCACAGAGCUAGGUAUCUGACUGAGGGCAGCCGUGGUUCAGUGAAAGAUAGGACACAACAAGGGUUUCCUACUGUAAAGCUGGAAGGACACAAUGAACCUGUAGUGUUACAAGUAUUUGUGGGCAAUGACUCUGGUCGAGUGAAACCACAUGGGUUUUAUCAGGCCUGUAGAGUAACUGGUAGAAAUACAACUCCUUGCAAAGAAGUUGAUAUUGAAGGCACUACAGUCAUAGAAGUUGGCCUUGACCCUAGCAACAACAUGACACUGGCGGUGGACUGUGUAGGGAUCUUGAAACUCAGAAAUGCUGAUGUUGAAGCUAGAAUAGGAAUCGCUGGUUCCAAGAAAAAAAGUACUCGGGCCAGAUUGGUUUUUCGAGUUAACAUCACACGGAAAGAUGGCUCAACUUUAACACUACAAACACCCUCCUCUCCAAUUCUAUGUACUCAACCAGCAGGAGUACCAGAGAUCUUAAAGAAAAGCCUUCAUAGUUGUUCAGUAAAAGGAGAGGAAGAAGUCUUUCUAAUUGGCAAAAAUUUUCUGAAGGGAACUAAAGUUAUCUUCCAAGAGAAUGUUUCUGAUGAAAACUCUUGGAAGUCAGAAGCUGAAAUAGACAUGGAAUUAUUUCAUCAGAAUCAUCUUAUUGUGAAGGUGCCUCCGUAUCAUGACCAAUAUAUAACCUUGCCUGUGUCUGUGGGAAUAUAUGUAGUGACCAAUGCUGGAAGAUCUCACGAUGUUCAGCCAUUCACCUACACUCCAGAUACAGCUAAUGCUCUGAAUGUUAAUGUGAAGAAGGAAAUGUCCAGCCCAGCAAGACCUUGCUCUUUUGAAGAGGCUAUAAAAGUAAUGAAAGCCACUAGUUGUAACCUAGAUAAGGUAAAUAUUCUUCCUAGUGCCUUGAUCACUCCACUCAUGUCAAGCAGUAUGAUUAAGAAUGAAGAUGUUACUCCAAUGGAAGUAACAGCAGAAAAAAGAUCUUCUCCUGUCUUUAAGACAACAAAGGCAGUUGGAUCAACUCCGCAAACAUUAGAAAAUAUCUCCAACAUAUCAGGAAGUGGAUCUUUUUCAUCUUCUUCUUCCCACUUACCUCCUGACAAUGAAAAGCAGCAGCAAAUUCAGUCUAAAGUGUACAACCCAGAGACUCUGACAACUCUGCAGACACAGGACAUUUCACAACCGGGGACUUUUCCAGCAGGUCCGGCUGGUGGCCAGCUGUCCAGCAGCGAUGCAUUGUUACAGCAAGCGACCCAGUUUCAGAGCAGAGAGCCCCAGUCUAGAGAGGUCUUGCAGUCAGAGGGCACUGUGGUGAAUUUGUCCCAGUUGACUGAGGCAUCACAGCAACAACAGCCGUCACCCCUGCAAGAACAAGCGCAGACAUUGCAGCAACAGAUUUCAUCCAACAUUUUCUCACCCCCAAACAGUGUGAGUCAGCUACAAAAUACCAUACAACAGUUACAAGCUGGAAAUUUUACAGCCAGUGCCACCAGUGGCAGCAGUGGAAAUGUGGAUUUGGUCCAGCAAGUCCUUGAGGCCCAGCAACAGUUAUCUUCAGUUUUAUUUUCUGCUUCAGAUGGCAAUGAGAAUGUCCAAGAACAGCUCAGUGCUGACAUUUUUCAGCAGGUCAGUCAAAUUCAAAACAGUGUAAGCCCUGGAAUAUUUUCUUCAACGGAACCGGCUGUCCAUGCCAGGCCAGAAAAUUUAAUGACUGGAAGAGCUGAAAAUGUCCAUCCCCAAGCUGAGAAUACAUUAUCCAAUCCACAGCAGCAGCAGCAGCAACAGCAGCAGCAGCAGCAGCAAGCAAUGGAAUCAUCAGCUGCCAUGGUGAUGGAAAUGCAGCAGAGUAUCUGCCAGGCAGCUGCCCAGAUGCAAUCUGAGUUAUUCUCUUCAACUGCCUCUGCAAAUGGAAACCUCCAACAAUCUCCAGUUUAUCAGCAAGCAUCACACAUGAUGAGUGCAUUAUCUACUAAUGAGGACAUGCAAAUGCAGUGCGAGUUGUUCUCUUCUCCCGCAGUGUCUGGGAAUGAAACCUCUACCACUACAACACAGCAGGUUGCGACUCCUGGCCCGGCCAUGUUUCAGACAUCUAAUUCAACAGAUGGAGAAGAAUCAGGAGGACAAGUCAAACAGAUACAAAACAGUGUGUUUCAGACCAUGGUACAGAUGCAGCACAGUGGAGAGAAUCAAGCCCAAGUCAACCUUUUUUCAUCUACAAAAACUAUGAUGACUGUUCAGAACAGUGGUACUCAACCACAGGGGAAUGGGCUGUUCCAGCAGAGUAAUGAGAUACUGUCUCUUCAGUCCGGAAGCUUUAUACAACAGCCUUCUCAUUCUCAAGCUCAGCUUUUUCACCCGCAAAAUCCUAUUGGUGAGGCUCAGAAUAUAUCCCAGGAAACUCAAGGUUCUCUUUUUCACAGCCCAAGUCCCAUUGUCCACAAUCAGACUUCCACUUCAUCCUCUGAGCAGUUGCAGCCUUCGAUGUUUCAUUCCCAGGGUACCAUGGCUGUACUGCAAGGCUCCUCUGUUCCUCAAGACCAGCAGCCAACCAAUUUGUUCCUUUCUCAGAGUUCUAUAAAUACACUUCAGAAUAACCAAGUGUCUCAAGAAGAACAGAUCUCAUUUUUUGCAACACAGAGCUCAAUUUCUCCCCUUCAGCCAGCAGCAAACGCUGAGCAACAAACUGCUUUUCAGCAGCAGACACAGAUACCCCAUAUUCAGUCACCUUUGCUUUCUCAAGAACAGGCACAACCUUCUCAGCAGGGUUUGUUCCAGCCUCCAGUAUCUUUAGGUGCUCUCCAACCAAAUUCGAUGGCCCAGAGCCAACAAGGGACAAUCUUCCAGUCACAGCAUUCAAUAGUUGCCAUCCAGAAUAGCUCUUCAUCCCAAGAGCAGCAGCAGCAGCAGCAGCAACAACAGCAACAGCAGCAGCAGCAGCAGCAGAACAUUUUAUUCAGUAAUCAGAAUACAAUGGCUACAAUGGCAUCCCAAAAGCAACCACCACCAAAUAUGAUAUUCAACCCAAGUCAAAAUCCACUAGCCAAUCAAGAGCAGCAGAACCAGUCUAUGUUUCACCCGCAGAAUAACAUGGCAACAAUGAAUCAAGAGCAACAGCCCAUGCAGUUUCAGAACCAGAACACAGUUUCUUCCCUUCAGACCCCAGGAUCCACGCAGGCUGAGCCUCCCCAGCCAUCCUUGUUCCAUGCCUCUCCCCAGAUUCAACUGGUCCAAGGGUCACCUAGUUCACAAGAGCAGCAAGUAACCCUCUUCAUCUCUUCAGCUUCCAUGUCUGCCUUGCAGAACAGUAUGAAUCAGCAAGACCUGCAACAGCCUCCCCUCUACUCUCCUCAGAGCAACUUGCAGGGCAUCCAGGGAGCUGCAGCUUCACCUCCACAGCAACCCAGCUUAUUUCACAACACAGCAGGAGGGACAAUGAACCAACUGCAGAAUUCUCCUGGCUCAUCUCAACAAACUUCAGGAAUGUUCUUAUUUGGCAUCCAGAAUAACUGUGGGCAGCUUUUAACCCCUGGACCAGCAACAUUGCCAGAUCAGCUAAUGGCUAUAAGUCAGCCAAGUCAGCCUCAGAGUGAAGGUCAGUCACCUGUGACAACACUUCUGUCUCAACAAAUGCCAGAGAAUUCUUCGCUGUCAUCAUCCAUAAACACCAACCAGAACAUUGAAAAGAUGGAUUUGCUUGUUUCAUUGCAAAACCAGGGGAACAACUUGACUGGCUCAUUUUAACUGCAUAUAAAAAUUCUGUAAAGGAUAACCCAGUUCCAGGAUGCCCUUGGAGCUUGUGACUACAUUUAUAUUAAAGUAUAUGGAACUAAAUUGCUCUAUAAAAAAUUACACCAAAAAACUAUGUUUGAGUAAAUAUAUAGAUUGUUACCCUCCCUGCAGAAGAGCACAUUUCUGCUACUUAUUGUAGUGAUUAAUCAACAAUAUUAUCAUAUUUCAUAUUUCUAAUAGCAAUAAUGACUAAGAAUUUAUGUUUUGUGUUCCCCUUUGGUAAAUGUAAUUGUUGUUAUCUUCCUAAGCACAGUGCCUCUAUAAGGUACAGUAUGAAUUCAAGUCCAGUACACUCAGUCAUUAUUGCUAUUAGAAGAUAAUCCAUAACGGCAUUUUAUUUUUAUUUGUUCAUUAUUUUUCUCUUCCCACAUCUUUUCUGUUAAGAUUUUUGGAAAAAAGGAUACCCAUAACCGAAGCUGAUAUCGUCCAAGUAAAAAGCACAGCUAGUGGUCAAAGUAAAAGAAUCAUGUUUUCAGUUUUCAUAGAGAGCCUGAAGAAUUUACCCAAUGACAAGCUGUAGUAAAACUACUCAGAGAAGAUAGAUCUGUCUGUGUGAGCAGAUACUCUGUUAAUGGAACUGGGAAUAGCUGUAAUGCUUUAAGGCUACAUGUCGGAAAGUUGUUCAUGGUUUUCUAUAUGUUUGUACAAAGAUGUUAGCCUAUAAUUGUGCAUAGAGUAGUAAUGACCUUGUUCUACAAAAAUGAAGGGGACAAUUUAUGGCAGAUGUUGUUUUUAUAUUUUCUAUAAUAUACUGUCCUGUAGGAGUAAUUGAAUGGCUGAAGUUUCAAGUCCUGUGUAAUCUAAUUUGCAUUCUUCAGUCAGAAUUUAUCCUAACACAGCCUUAGACCAACAUUCCUUUUUUAUAUGUAUCCAUUAUUUUUUUCUUCACUUUUUAGUUUGGUUGUAAGUAACUGAAUAUGUUACUGGCUUUAGGAUCCUCUAGCAGCUUAAAGAAAAUAAGACCCCUUUGACCCAAGGUGAUCUAGCAAGUCCUGCAACACAGGGAAUAAGAAAAGGUCCCUUUCGUAAAUUGGAAGGGGUGGGAAUUGACUCCAGGAAAGACAAUGCAUUUUUUCCCAUGAACGGUGCUGUUGUAAAGUCUUCAAAAAAAAAAAAUUUCCCUCCAAUGGGAAACAAAAGCUAAGUUUUCUUGAAAUACCACUUCUCCCUGAGCUGCAGUGACUGUCAUAUACUUGUCACCUCAGUGCUUUACAAUUUCGAAGUGGUCACUUUCCUGAUAGUUCCCAUGAGCCUUAGGCUUUACAGGGUCAUACUGUUCACUUAAAAUGAAGAAUUCACUUGUUAUAUCUGUAAAGAGCAAAAGAACACACUCCAGGACUUGCAGGUGUAGCACUGGUUAUACAGUUUGGGUGCUUUGACCAACCCGAGGAAUGUUUGCUUCUCACUACCACCUCUUGUCUGGCCACGUGCUUAUUUCCUGUUCUCCUUGUGGCAUGUAGAAAGCUGUUACUGCAGUUUAGAGCCAAACUGGUGUGUGUAGCUUCUAAAUCUCGGUAUAAUGGCUUUGUUAUUCUUGUCAGUUUCAUUUUGUUUUAUUGUUUUAAGUACAAAAGAAUAGCCUGUAAAAUUGUUCAACUUUUCUGUUUACUGUAUUAUGUUUUUCUAUCUUUGUAUACUCACUUGAAUUGUGUAGAAUUGUGGUGGUGUUGGUUUUGUUUUUAUAACUAGAUUUUUCUUAUUUGUGAUGGUCUUUCUCUGUUAUUUGUAUUCUUUCUCUACCUUGUCUUUGCCAUAUCCUUCUCUUUACUUCUCUCACAUGCAUAUCUCUCUCUCCCUCUAUCCUCUCUUAUCCCUCCUCCCUUCUUUCUUUCUUUUUCCUUGCCCUUUCUCUCUCUUUCUCCCUCUCUCCCCUUCCCCUCUUCUUUCCUUCUCUCUCUGAUUGAGAGGCAUUGAAUUACGUUUUCAGUAGUACAGGCUUCUUGCCGAUAUGAAGGGAACUUUUCAGAAAGAGACCUGCUCUGGGUCAUUUAAUUUUGAAUACAGUUUUCAAUCGUUCAAGUUUUGGAUGGUUUAUAUCUAAUGUGUGUUUCAUUUUUUUGGAAAGCUAUAUUUUGUAUUUAGGAAAUGGUAUACUAUUUUGCUAUUUGUACUGAGUGAGUACAUUGGCAUAAAUAUAAAAAAAUUUAUAUAUAUAUAUAUAUACAUAUAUAUAAACUAUUCUUUUUGCCACACAUUUUUGUGGUAAAUUUGUGAGUUUGUCUGAUGUUCUACCACAACGUGGCGUCUGAUAACAGUGAGGGGGGUUUUGUUAUGUCUUUAUUAAGUAUUUAAGUACUUUUUGCAACAGAAAUGACCUGUUCAUCUGUGGCCAUUCCAUCGGGCAGUGCAUUGUUAUUAGUGGGCUAAAAGCAACUUCACUGUGUUUGCUGUGUUUGUCACUCAGCAAUGUGUUGGAGUAAGGGAAACCAAUUUUGGCAAUUGUGUCAUAUGGUGUUUCACCAGAAUGAGCCAAUCAGCUUUUGCUCACUAUAUAUUUAAUAUUUUAUUAUUGUUAUUAUUAUUAAUUGGCUUACUUGUUCUAUGCUUUUUAUUUAUAAAUACACUAAAACCAUAUUACAGUUUUAAUAAAGAACAUUUUCUCACUAUAUAAUGCCCAGAGCUACAUUUUAAAUUAUCUAAACCAAAAAAAAAAUUUCUUUCCCUCCUUAUAACUUCUCCAUUGAAGGGGAGAAAAAUCUCCUAGGAUAUAUAGUUCAGGAUAUGAAAAAGAUCAGCCAUAACCCAGUGCUUCACUUCCAAAAUGUAAAGCCCUAAUAGAAUAUAGAAUGUCAAUUAUAGUAUCAGGGUUAUCAUACCCAGCUGCUAUAUAAUUGGGGCAUAGAAAUAAAAUUCUUUUGGUCAGUUUUUUUCUGUGUUUUCCUAGAAUAUUUUCUCAGUGAUGACCCAGAAGCUUCAAUGAAACCCAUUUAUUCACCAUAUUCCGGGACUAUAAUAUUUGGUAACACUGUGGUUAUAACUUUAUCUUACAAAAAGAUUGGCUUGUGUACUGAUUUACCUUGUGUAGAAGAAUGUUUAUCAUUGGGAAAUAAUCAAUUGUCAGUGCCAAGUCACCGGGGACCAAUUUUCUGUUUUACAAUAUCUUACUGAGAACAGUACCUAUACCUGAACUGUACCGAUUCCCAGUUUUGGGUGGAGGAAGAAAACCCAAUUUUCACGUGUUUCAUAAAUUUGGGAGUUGUUUUUUCAAGGGCUGUGCUGUGCUACCAUAUUCCUGUUAAUUCACUAAUGGUGACUUUAUUUUUUACUUUGUUAAAUUUAUGUUAUCUUUUUAGGUCAAUGUUAAGUGUACAACAUUCUGAACACGUGAUUUGGUUACAAAAAGUAUUUGUAUUGAAUGAAGGGUAAAGCUCAAUGGUUGGUUUGUGCUAAUACUGCUGCUUUCAAACAACUGUUACAGAUGAGAAAGAGACGUUCAGUGAGCCAGCAAAGAGCCUUAGAAGAAACAAUUGAUCGGAAUUGUUUCAUGGCAGAAGGACCUAAAUAUACUGUGAACCACAUCUUAUUUCCUUCAUAUUGCUAUAUUCAGCAUGUUCUUAUUUUCAGCAAUGAACACUUAUGCUUGGAGCUUAUCUGCAUGUGUGUGAGUCUUUGUGUGUGUUGUUUCCCCGGUUAUUCAUUCUAUUAUAAUUUGAUACUAGUAUAGAGAACAACUGGAGAUUUGUUUUUAUUUCUGAACUUUAACAUAAGGGGUCACAGUUAUCUUUAUAAAUAAAAUACCAUACUGUGAUUCAAGAUUUGCAAUGUUUUUAGCCCAAUCUUAGGCUAAAACACUUUAACAAUUUUUAUUUAUCCAAAAAUUGAUGAAAUUGUGCUUUCCAUGGUUUGCAUUUUAAAUAAUUACAUUGUUUAAGAAGUGGCAUUAAAACAAAAUGUGGGUUUUUUUCCCUAUGAUAGCAAAACCCAAGAAACAUCUGGAAGUAAAGACUAAAAAAGAAUAUUGCCUUAAUAAUGUACAGACCCAAAUUUCAAUAUGAAUGUUUAUCAAUAUUCAACAGAUGGAAUCUUAAGUUUAUGUUUUAUUGUGAAAUUUUCUCCUCAAAUAUGUUUUCUAAUUGGCAAAUCCAUAUCCUAUGAGCCAGUUAACUUUAUUCUCCUCCAUUGUCAUAGACUAUACCACUUUUCUGGGACAAGUAUCUUUAUAGAUGUAUGCCUUUGUCAUGGUGAGGACUAGUUGAGUAGAGAAAGUAAUGGGGGGGAGGGAAAGUGUGUGUACUGGUAAUAGUGAGUCUGUGGUGUCAUCUUUGUGUGAGGACAGCAUCAUAUAGCAUCUAGGAAGGUAGUUUCCAUCUUCUAAGCUAUUCGUUUCAAAAGAAUUUAAACUAUAAUUAUUUUGUAUUAUUUUAGUAAGAAAAUGGGUAGGUGAUGUUCAUAAUAUCAAGAUAGUAAAACAAAAUUACUUCAGUUAUUAAUUUAUCCAGUUAACACUUUAUAUCUUACCUGACUAUUUCCCUUGAGCAACAGUUGGGUUUGUUUGGCUUUUUUUCUUCUGUACUUCAGUUCAGGUAUUCCACUGCUACUUAUCUGAUAUAAUUCAGAAAGCCUUUAAAAAAACAUUUUAUAAGUCCAGAUUAAAUACUUAUUUUCAAGUGCCUUUCUUACUUUGACAAUGCCAUCUUUAAAAAAUUUUGUUUAGCAUUGCCAGAAAUUAUAUACCUUUACACUGAUAGUUUCGUAUUAUCCCUUACUUUAUUUCCUGCCAGUCUUUUCUCCGUUUCUUAACUACUGCCUUGAAAUUUCUGUUAAGAAACAUUGCCUGAAAAGCAGUUUCCAUAAGUUUUUAUUCCCCUUUGUCAUAUAAAUAAAAUAUUUUAUUAAACUCUUUUGAGGAUGAGGGAUAAGUAGUGUAUAUUUUAUUUGGAUAUUAUAUAAAAUUACUAUAAAUGAGCUAUUUCUCAUUUUUAUCAAUCUUGCUCCACUUACAAUUUAUAUGUGCUAAUAGUGUACUUAUGGCAUAACACCAUACCUGUAACUCAGUGCAGUUAUGCCUAGCAAGAAAGAGGUUUAUAAAGUGUUUGCCAUGAUUUUAGGAGGAAAAUUAAAUCCCUCAAGCACAGUGUAAGGAAAAUUUCACCAUACCCAUAUUUUUAAAUAGAAAGGGUAAAAAAAUUCAGUGUAUUAUGGUUCUUGCUCAUUUUUCUAUGAGUAUAGCAGAACUUCAGUUUACCUAGUUUCAAAAACUAGCAAAAAAAAGUUUCAUCUGAAUUACUGAGGAGCAAAGGUGAUUCCUUUAGAGAAGAUGUAGUUAGGGAAUCAAACAAAUUAAACUUUAUCCUAUGGCCCCCUCUUGAUUUGUCCAUAUUUCAAACCUUGCUCAAAUGUAAUGUAAAAACUGAGCAUAAGUAGGGAUAAGAGCAUAAGCAGUCAAAGCUGAAAGGGGAAAUUAAUGGUAAAGUUAGUAAGAGGCUGAGACGAAAUUCCAUCAUUCCUUAAUGAUAGCUAAUACAGCCUCUUACAGUUAAGAGGUCAUGGAUGUGAAUCUCUUGGAAGAAGACACUAAGGGUAAAAAUCCACUGCUUUGGACCUGCUUUCCUUGUAUGAGUAUUUUCACAACUGUGCAUGGCACCUUGAGACUGCAGACCUUUAUGCAGUAUUUUUAAUAUCCAAUUCACAGUAUGCACUUUAAUCAUUACAAAGAAGUCAAGGGUGCUAAAUAGUGGUUAUUCUUUACUCACGAAUACUUUUUAAUGAUCUAAGGUACUUUGUUAUUUUUGUCUUGGUAAAGCAAGACACUGUGGGUAUGUGACUAUAUUGUGUGCAUGUUUUCCAAAUUAUCUGUAUAAUUAGGAUUAAGCCUUUGAAAUCUAACCAGUCAUAAAGGAAAAAUAAUAGGCAUGAAUAAAUCUGUUGGUUUUUUUAAAAUAAUAAAAUCAAGCACAUUUAAAUUUUUUGUCAGCCCACACGUUUGAGGGUUAAUCCCAUGUAAUUUUGUUAUGUAUAUAAACAUAUUAUGGUAUAUAAUUUUGUACAUAUAGUAUAUGUAUAUAUGUAUACUAUAUAUGGCUGGAUCUAGCAAAAGUGUUUUUUUUUUAAAUUUUGGUACUCAACAUGUAAUCAUGUUGAUAUUAUAUAAACUUAGAUAACUUAUCCCUAAUGGUUUAUGAGCAAUGCUAUUAAAUUUCAUCAAUCUAUUAUUAGUAGGAUCCAUAGAAAUGAAGAGUUUAAAUAAAUAUAUAGGUUUGGGUACACAUAGACUCAGUUUGAUUAUAAAUAACAUUCAGUUAAUUAUUUGGUAUAACAUUCUCUUCAUUAAAACUUUUAUGUGAAAUGGCUUUGAUUUGAACACAUAUUUGGAUUAUUCUGUCUUUUAGUUUUUUAAUGAAACUUGACAGGUGCUAAAGUUUUCUGUUUAUUGAAUGGGUAUAUUGUGGACAGUGGUGAGAAAAACUUUUAUCUCACCUGCUUACCACCAUGAGAUAGCCCUGCUGUGGCUGGAGCGCUUAUCAAAACAAAAACAUUUUUCAUUCCCUGUGCCCAUUGAGUUGUAUGUGUGAGGUAGUCAGCAAAGUGGCCAACUAGUUCUAACCUAAGCAAUUUCAAAAGCCAUAUGAACAUUAAUUUUCAAGGAAAUGAAUUAUAUUCUCAUUUCUCUCAACUAUUUUCAACCCUAUAAUUUAUAAAGUUGUUAUCUUGGGCUUGCUUUCCAGUUCCUCAUCUCUGCUACCAUAUUUUAGUUUUCUACUCUAGCAAAUAAGCUGAUGAGUUUAGGAAAAUCAUUUUAUCUUAGCACCAUACUUUAGUUGGGUUUUUUAAGGUAAAACUUUUCAAUAUUAAAGUAGCCUUCUAGAAGAAUUCACAGACUGGUCUUGCUGUGUACAAGAACUUAAUGGAAAACACUUUGUUAGCAAUGUGUGAUGUGCUUAUCUUAACCUGUGCUCCAUCUAGAAGUGAAAUGAGCUAUUAUAUAUUUCACUAUGAAUAUUCAUUAUUGCCCUAAUUACCCUAUGAUCUCAUCUACAUGGAUAAACCCUCAAAAACCAAGAUUGCAACCUAUCCAUGUCUGACUGUUGUCCAUGUCCUUAAAUUCACCAAAGAAGAUCUAAAACAAAGGCUAAAUAAAAUAGGAUGUAGUCAAUUGAAUUAUAAAGGCAAGCAAAUUUGUUCAGUAAUCCAUGUGCUUUCUUAAUUAUUCCUCACCCUCUUUCUUAGCAUGUACAUACCAUUACUUUAUGUUUGCAACUCCUAGCUAGCUCUGAAUUGACCUAAAUAUAAGAUAAAGCACACAAACUUUUCACAUCUCAGACAUCAAAAUGUAUGAAAUAUGUGACUUCUCUCAAAACUGUUAAUUCCUUUCACACUGAUUACUUUGGGAAAUUUAGCAAUGGCAAUUACAUAGGCACAAGAUGAAGAGCCAGUUUCUCCACCCUCAUUUGAAAAUUGCUGUCGUGUAUGAUUCUGUACAUUCCUAAUUGUCAAGGGCCUUGAAUUUGGGAUUCAUGAAGACCCAGGUUCUAGUCCUAACUUCACCACUUAAUAGCUGUGUGACCUUGGGAAAGUCAUUUAAACCCUCUAAGCCUUAGUUUCCUCAUCUGUGAAGUGAGAAUAACAAUCUGCCUAUCUGAACAAGGCUGUCGUAAGAUUUAAAUGAGAUAUAUGGUAUAUGUAAAAAUGCUUUGAAAAGUCCAAAUUGCUAUCAAAUCGUAAAGGACACCUCUUUCCUCUUUCAUUGACCAGCAUCCUAGUUUUGGUCCUCAAAGAAUCUUUAGGCAUCUUUCAACUGCAACUCUGACUGUAAAAACCUAUCUCAUAUAAACUCUGAAUAUCACUGAAUUACCCCAAAUGUUACUUUUCAGGUGUCAUUUGCUUAACUUUAUAGAAUCUUCUUGGAUGUAAUGGCCCUCUAUCCCCUUCCCUUCCUUAAAAAUAUGGUGUUUGAGAUGUGUACCCUGUGACUUGUAGAUGUACUUCAUCCCACUAAAAUCGGGAGAAUUUUAGUGACUUCAUCUUUAUUCCAUUGAAUUUGAGUUUUUUUUCUUUUGAUACAGUGAAUGCAUCAGCUCACCUUGUUCUUGCUCUCUUAGAUAAGCUCCAAGCAGUUGUUCCUUUUGACUCUUCCUCUUGCUGUUUUUUUUUUAUUUAAUCUUCCAGUAUGCUAUAAUUUUUCAGUAACCCAUUCUUUAACCAAGUGGUUUAUCUGCCUUUCUGCCAUAUUUUUUUUUUUUUUGCUAGAGCACACUGAUCAACCACUGAGCUGCCUUCUUCCAUUGUCCUGCAAUGAUGUGAAGGUAGCACCAGAUGUUCCUUUGUGCAUUUUUGUGUAUAUGGCUUUCAUAGUUGGGAUUUUCAGAGCACUGAUACCAGAUGUUUUCAGUUUGUUCUCUGGGGAAAUUUCAUUUGCAUCUCUGUUUUUAGCUAUCUGUGAUAACUUGUUAAAUAUUAAAAAAUAUUUUGCUUCUAUUGGGACAUUUGUAUACUCGCAACUAUAUUUCUGUAAACAGCUGCAGUCAAAAAUAAAACAUCGAAAGUUUUCA